AUGGCUGGCAAGCGGCAAGCAGAUGAUGCCAUAAAGUUCUACGAGUCGAGGGCAGUGAACUACGACGGGACUUGGCACGAUGAUUUCACCAGCCGGUUCAUCUCGCACGUCGAUAUACAGCCAGGCCAACAGAUACUGGACCUUGCGUGUGGUACUGGACUCCUCACUUUCCUCGAGGCAGACGCUGUAGGUCCGUCUGGUCAGGUCAUUGGUGUUGACGUGACACCGCCGAUGCUUGGAGUUGCCGAGUUCAAGAAAAAGAAGGCAGGUGAUAAGUUCUCAAACGUAACAUUCUUGGAAGGUGAUGUUCUGCACCUCGAGGAUAUCGACGCCUUGAGGGAAAAGACGUUCGACAUCAUUACGGUUGCCUCCGCACUCGUCCUUUUUCCCGACCCAAAGGCUGCGAUCGAGCACUGGUCACAGUUCCUGAAGCCUGGCGGCAUCCUUGCGCUAGACGCAACACAUCCAAGAAACCUAGUAGCUGGCAUGGUGCUGGAAAGAGUCGCUCGGCGCCUGGAGCUGCCGAUCCCGUACAAUCGGUCAUGGAGCAAGUCAGAAUCUUCAUUAAAGGACUUACUCGAAUCUGCUGGCCUUGAAGUUGAAAAAGUCACAAUAGUGGAUCACCAAGCUGGAUACGGCAGGCGACACUACGAGAUGGAGCAGUGGGACGACUUCUUCGUAGAAAACGUCAUUGUGAAGGACGUUACAAGGACCUUUGCGAAUAACGACAUCAGGAGAAAGGCGCAGGGCGUCUUCAAGGAGGAGUGGGAAAAGCUGGCGAUUGAUGGAAAAGUAGAAGAAGUUGACUCUGUGUUCCUUGGGGUUGCGCGUAAACCUGUCGAUGGCUCGAAGUACGUUGCCAAGGUUGUCGACGAUGGCGUUGUCUUCAAAGGUGGCUGCAGGUGCGGCGGAGUGCAGUACACGUCCAGCGCACGCCCUAAAGACAUAGUCUUUUGCCAUUGUCGCGCCUGUCAGCAAGUAUCUGGAUCGGCCUAUAUCCCAUUCACCCGCGUACCACGAAGCGCUCUGACGUUCACGGAGGAAUCUACGCGCGAAUUGUUGAGAUUGUCAGACGUUGGAGAGAGGUCAUUCUGCUCGAAAUGCGGUUCCCCAAUUACGAUGGCCUACUCUUUCCUGCAAGAUGAAGUCUCGCUGACGAUGAGCUCCGUGGAUCUCGGAACCAUGGAGUGCGAGCCACCAGUCGUCAAAAAACACAUCUUCCUCCGCGAGAAAGCACCCUGGCUCGUACUGGCCGAAGAUGGAGCCGAGCGAUGGGGCACCUCAGAAGACGCGCAUUUGCUCCAGAGCAAACGACAGGAUCAGAUGAGCUAA